AUGAAGGUGGUGGGAAAAGAAAAGGUGAUAAAGGUCGGAAUGAUGGAGCAGGUGAAGAAGGAGAUCUCGGUGAUGAAGAUGGUGAAGCACCAAAACAUCGUCGAACUCCACGAAGUCAUGGCCAGCAAGUCCAAGAUCUAUAUUGCCAUGGAACUCGUCCGCGGCGGAGAGCUCUUCAACAAGGUCUCUAAAGGCCGCUUAAAGGAGGACGUGGCAAGACUCUACUUCCAGCCGUUAAUCUCCGCCGUCGACUUCUGCCACAGUCGCGGCGUCUACCACCGCGACCUCAAGCCGGAAAACCUCCUCCUGGACGAACACGACAACCUCAAAGUCUCCGACUUCGGACUCACCGCUUUCUCCGAACACCUCAAGGAGGACGGGCUGUUACACACCACGUGCGGCAUGCCUGCGUCACCUGAAGUGAUAGCGAAAAAAGGCUAUGACGGUGCCAAGGCUGACAUAUGGUCAUGUGGUGUAAUCCUCUACGUUCUCCUCGCAGGCUUUUUACCCUUUCAGGAUGAUAAUUUGGUGGGGUUAAUGAGAAAUGAAGAGAUAAGGUUUGGGAAUAGAGAGAGAGAGAGCGGUGCUGAAGAGACGGACAGACUGCUCACAUUCAUAGUGCGCGUGCUGAAGAGAGAGAGCGCGGUGCAUUGA